AUGAUCAUGCUUUGUGAUUAAAAGCAAGUUCGAUAAUAGAGGUAAUUGAUCCCUUGAUAAACAAUUCACAUGCGAUAUUUCACUACAAGCAAUAUUGAACCCAUCCACAAAGUUCAGUGCAGUCAUUUCAUGAAUAAGUAGUGUGUAGGGAAUUGAUUUUGAUAAUCGCCAAAAGCGUGCAUCUAUUCUCCCACCAUCAAUCAAGGAAAGAUUAGAAUGAGGGUAUAUGAGAAUUUCAUUUCAAAGUUAAACGGCAGCAGCAAAUUUCACUCAUAUGAACUAAUCCUGAUGGAUGUUUUAAGUCCGUACCGUCAUAGGUUCUCCCAGAUAAAAAUGCCAGGUCUCUGCACAUGGGAUUCGAUGAAGCGCAGACACACAUCCAGAAGGAAGCAAGAAGUAAAUAGAGGUGCUCACAGGACGAUCAACCUUAUAGGUAGACGGAAGGUGAGAGGUGGAGAGCGUCACGGAAGUGUCCCUAAAGGUUUCAGCGAAGAAACCACCUUCUGGGUGCGGCUGAAGAUUCAAUCUUUUCACUAUCUCUGACGCAGAAGCCAUCGCCUUUUCGGGGGGCAGAAGCAGAAAGAUGAGAAGAGAGUAAGAUGAUGUACCAGUUGCCGGCUGAAGAUUAAUUUUAUGUCUCCCUGCAAAACCCUAAUACCCAGGUGGGGAGAACACGUGUCACUUGAAGAGGCAAUAAACAGUCAGGAAGAAAUAAAACGUGUCGAGUCCAAAUUCGGGGGCCUGACCGACUCGUCCUCCGCCUAUCCUCUUCAUGAUGAUUCUUCCUUCCCGAGCUCGGUUCAUUUUGUCUGGGUUGGUGGAAAAUUCCUGCGUUUGUUCAUUCCCACUUCCACGUCGCUCCACAAAAUCUAAUCUCUGUUCAUCGAUUUCUAUUGGAUUGAAUUGUGGGUUUCUUUUUCUUUUUCUCUUAGACCAACUAAACAAUGGAACCGGAAUUGCUUCAAGUGAUCGUCAAUGGAGGAAUCACAUACCACCAUCUGCACCGACCGGCGUUCAUUCUCGGCGGAGGCUUUGCUCUGGUGGCGGUUUCGCUCUCCCUUCUUCUUAUCUUCCAGCACCUCCGUUCCUACACCAAUCCCUCGGAGCAGAAGUGGAUUGUGGCUGUUCUCUUCAUGGUCCCAGUCUAUGCCACUGAGUCUGUAAGUGUGUUUUUUCUUCUUUGUUUUUCGUGGGUGGCGUUUCAUGUUAAGGUGGGAAGCAGGGAAGUUGAUAAGUGUCUAAAUCAGACUCCAUUGGGUUUUGGCCGGCAGUUGUUAUCAUUGUGGAACCACAAACUAUCGCUUGCUUGUGACAUUCUAAGGAAUUGCUAUGAGGCUUUCGCCUUGUACUCUUUUGGGAGCUAUUUAGUCGCUUGUCUAGGUGGCGAAGGAAGAGUGUUGGAGAUCCUUGAAACUGAAUCCAGAAAACAAUUAGUGAAACCAUUGCUGGAAGGUGGCGAGGAGGAGAACAGUCCACAAUUGCGGCGGAAAUCUUCUAUGGUUAACUUUCUCUUCCACCCUGAUCUCAUUGGGAGGGAUUUGUUCAAUAUUGAAAGAUUCGGCCUUGUCCAAUAUAUGAUUCUGAAGACACUUUCUGCGUUCUUGGCAUUCUUGUUGGAGCUCUUUGGUGUGUAUUGUGAUGGGAGGUUCAAGUGGUACUGCGGGUACCCGUACAUUGCAGUUGUACUGAACUUCAGUCAGAUGUGGGCACUGUAUUGCCUUGUCCAAUUCUACAAUGUUACGCAUGAAAGGCUUAAACCAAUAAAGCCACUUGCUAAGUUCAUCAGCUUCAAAGCUAUUGUGUUUGCUACAUGGUGGCAAGGUUUCGGCAUUUCCCUGCUCUGUGCCUUUGGAGCUCUACCAAACGACCCCAAAUUCAGAACUGGUUUGCAAGAUUUCCUCAUCUGCAUUGAAGUAAGUCGGCAAUUUGUACUUUCUUAGGAUUCCAAGAAUUUAAGAUGAAGCAAAAUGAUUCGGUAUAUAAUACGAACUUGUAAUGAACAACAUCAUACCCAUGUUGUUUCCCUCGGAUAGGUAAGAGUUGUUUGUUUGUUCGGAUUGUCAGAUGGCCGUUGCAGCUAUGGCGCAUUCAUAUGUAUUUCCAGCAGAGGCGUACCAUUAUGUUCCCCAUUCGAAAAAUGGAAAGGCAAUAAUUGAGACUGCAAAAGAAGAGGUAAAGUUGAGUGGAAGUGGUAAAGAGGAGAAGAAAGAGGCUUUUGUGGAGAAGACUGAAACUCGAGUUGAAGCUGCAGGGACAAGUGUUACAGAGAGUGUGCAAGACAUUGUUGUUCAAGGCGGCCAACAUGUGGUGAAAGAUGUGGUGUUGACAAUCAACCAAGCAAUGGGACCGGUAGAGAAAGGCGUGACAAAGAUCCAUGAGAAGUUUCACCGACGAUCAACAAGUUCAGGACUAGAAACAGAGGAAGAAUCAGAAAUAGAAGUGGAAAAGCAGUAGUAAGAGGAGGCAAAACGAUAACCAAGGUGAGGAGCAAAUUAGGAGAUCAGGAUUCAGACCUCUCAAGAGGGUUUAUUAGGUUUUGACUUGUGGAUGCAACGUCUUUGAGUAUCCUGCUCCUGGAUAUAGUUGAAGUUUUGAAUCCAAGGUUGGUUUAUGGUAUUGAAGAUCCAGUUCCUUUCUGGCAAAGCAUUCAUCAAUUCGUAGUUGGCAUCCCUCUGUUAUGACUUUCUUUAUUCUUUUUGUAAUAACUAUAAUAAGCCCAGUGAAUGUAUAUCUUUUUUGGCUUCGUUAGUGAGAAUGGGACAUUGAUGAAAACCACACACCAUGCAUACAACACGAUUCCUAAUUGGGGUUUCAAUCAUGGAUAUGCGGAUUAAAGAAGUUGGAUGUAGAGAGGAUGAGACAAGACUGAUUUGGAAAGGAAGGUUGUUUCAAAG